GGCGGCGCCCAGCGGCCGCUUUGAAUCGCAGCGGCGGGUUGCAGCCGUUGGGCGGUGUGAGGUGAAGCGAGGCCCGUGGCUGCCCGUUUUAAGACGAGGGAAGCGCAUCUGUAUUCGGGGCUGUUCUUCGGCGGCUUUGUAUUCAACUGUAAGCUUAGAGGUUUAGUAAGAUGUCUUCUAAGAAAAGAACGAAGAGAAAUCGUGCUGGAGAUGAAUACAAGGAACACAAAGGCAGGUCUCAUCCUCGCCGGAAAUUUCUUCCACCUGAGGAACCCGAUGUCUCAAGGAUAUCGAAGGUAGCAGGUGUAAACCAACUUGAGGAGCUUUGUGAUUCGUUUGAUCAGCCUUUGCACAGUACUGCUGUGGAUGCUUGUGGAGAGGAGCACUCAGAAAAUGAAUCAUCUGGUUAUGUUCCAGCUCCACAAAGGACAAAUGCAGAAAGAAGUGAAAAGAUGCUCUUGGAGACGCCUGAAGGCGACGUUCACGAGUUCAGCCAAAGUGGUUCUGCACGUGAGCCCCUUAUGGAGAAUCUGAACGCUCCAAAUACUACUCGACCUGAGGUGAAAAAGAAGAGACCUUCAAAGAAGAGUUCAUCGGAUUCUUCUGUUAACAGCCCAUCUUCUGUACAACUGUGGUGUCCCAAUAAGCUGAAAAGAUCAUCCAGAGAUAUCACAGAACUGGAUGUUGUUCUGGCUGAAUUUGAGAAGAUAGCAGCAAACUACAGGCAAAGCAUAGAAUCGAAGGCUUGCAGAAAAGCUGUCAGUGCCUUCUGUUCUGCUUUCGAGGACCAAGUCACUGAUCUUAUAACAGAAGUCCAGGAAUUAAAGAAUACGAAGAAAAAAAAUGCUAAGGUGGUGGCAGACAUCAAGAAGAAAAGGCAGCGACUGAUGCAAGUCAGAGAAAAGCUAAGUAGAACUGAACCACAACUGAUAAAACUACAAAAAGAAUAUGCUGAGGUGGAGGAGAGGAGAUCUUCCUUGAGGCAAGUAGUUCAAUUCCUUACUGAUUUAAAGGAACUACAGCAAGACUACUUGGAUUACAGAGAAGAAAACCCAAGAAAGAAAGUGGUAUACGGAGCUUCCAGCCUACCUGCUCUUCUAGUGGAGUCACGGAGAAUUCUACAAGCAGAAAGACACUUUCAAAAUAUCAAUAGGAAACUGGAAUAUGCCCUGGAGGUACAAAGAGGGAAGUUAGCAAAGGAACAUUAAGCUCUUUUAAUAGGCUUUUUGACAAUAAUUGAUCAUUACUGUAAUGGACGGUGCUUUGCUUGGUUAAUUGUUGUUCUUCAGUGCUUAAAAGAAGUCAGUGACUUCAUCAGAUAGUAUCUUUCUAUUGUAAAAUAGCUUGCCUAAGAACUGAAUUCAGAAUGAAAUAAUUCUGGUUAAUAUAGUAAAACUUCCUGUACUCUGUCAACAUAUUUUAAAACUUAUUUUUAAUCUUCAGUUAUUUAAGUAAUGUGAUCUUGAAAACAAUAUGUACUUUAAAGAGGGAAUGCAUUGACUUUGGAUGAACCAGUGACAGACAAAUCUCUUUAUUAUUAAAUCUGUAUCAGAAAUAAAUAGUGUUCUUCCAUAUCUGGAAGUGAAGAAA